AUGUCUACCAAGAGGAAAUUGUCUCUGUCCACUCCUCAGCCUGCCAAAAAGGAAAGAAAGGCCAUUGGUCUAGACACCAAAAUGAUGAUAUUAAAACAGUAUGAAGGAGGAAAGAAAGUGAAUGUGAUCGCAUGUGAUAUGAAGUUAUCACACUCUACUGUGUCGACUGUUUUAAAGGACAAAAAUAGAAUUCGUGAAGCUGUGAAUGGUUCUGCACCUUUGCGAUCAACAGUGAUUACGAAGCAACAUACCGGGCCCAUCCAUGAAAUGGAGAAAUUGUUAAACAUUUGGAUGGAAGAUCAGAUUCAAAAGCAGACUCCGUUAAGCCUCUUUACAGUACAGUCGAAGGCUAGAAGUCUGUUUGGGACUUUAAAGGAACACGCCGGAGAAGACUACAGUCAAGAAUUUGUGGCAAGUACUGGUUGGUUUAAGAAAAGAUUCCAAUUGCAUAAUGUUCGAGUGACUGGAGAAGCAGCGAGUGCGGAUGAAGAAGGAGCUAGUAAGUCUGUCGAUUAG